AUUGUAGAUGGAAGUGACCAAUUGUGUUGUGGUGUUAUACUUGUUACUUUUAGUACUACCAGAGAACCAUGUCGGGACGUCGAAACUUACUCCAGCAACCCGCCCGCUCUCGUACGCCUUGCCCGAAGCACGCGAACUCAAAAUGGCCCUAGGAUAUGCGGAAGAAAUCUACCUGAACUUCACUGAACUUACUACUAAAAACGGAUAUCAAACCGAGGAACACAAAAUCACAACAGACGAUGGAUACAUCCUCAAAUGCUUCAGGAUACUACCCAAAUGCACAGGAAAUCUCAAACGCUACCCCAUUUUAUUAAUGCAUGGAAUUUUAGAUACAUCAGACGUGUGGAUUCUUGCUGGAGAAAAGUUAGGACUCGGUUAUAUUUUGGCUUCAAACUGCUACGAUGUGUGGGCAGUCAACAGUAGAGGAAACCGAUACUCCCGUAAGCAUAUUACACUAGAUCCCGACAAGGAUAUAGCGUUCUGGAACUAUUCGUUCGACGAAAUCGGAAUGUUUGACGUUCCAGCAGCCAUAGACUACAUUUUGAAAGUGACGAAUAGACCAAGAGUCUUUUACGCGGGCCACUCUCAAGGCACAACAGACUUUUUUGCCAUGGCAUCUUUAAGGCCUGAGUACAAUCAGAAAGUUCAGCUAUCUCUCCAAUUGGCCCCUGUAGCGUGGAUGACAAACAUUUACAGUCCGAUUUUAAGGGCUCUAGCGCAAAAUGUGGACUUUUUAAAAGAGGUUUUGGAUGCAGUCGGCCUGGUAGAAUUACUUGCAAUGCACCAACUGGAGCAUUUAGUUCUGGAAGUGUUAUGCCAAGCUGCGCCGGAACCUACGUGCGGUGCGGCCUUGGCAUUAUCCACUGGUUACGAACAAGGGACGAUCGACUCCAAAGUAUUGUCCAUCAGUUUCGGUCACUUAUUAAGUGGCUCCUCUUCAAAAUCAUUAGCUCAUUACGGGCAGUUAAUUCUUUCUAGGAAAUUCAAACGUUUCGAUGAGGGUAAAGAUGGAAAUUUGAAGAGGUAUAAGCAAACACAACCGCCAGAGUAUAAUGUGUCUAAUAUCACAUCGCCAGUUGUGCUGAUAUCAGGUAAAAACGACUGGCUUUCGUCUUUGAAAGACGUUGCAACUUUAAGCUCAAAAUUGCCUAAUUUAGUAGAAAAUUACGUGGUGCCGGAACCAAAAUGGAGUCACCACAAUCACAUUUGGGAUGUGAGAUCGCUGAAGUACGUGGUACCUAAAAUAUUGGACUAUUUAGAACAAUACAAUACUUAGCGAUCAGUUCCAUUGAUGAACAUGCUGGUGAAUUAUAUUACCACACUAUAUUUCACGUAAUUAUGUCAUUCCUCGUAAACUACAGGUAAAAUCUCAUUACCACAGGUAUGUAUUGAAAUGAACCUUUACUUAAUUUGUUUCUUAACUUAUAGUUUGGUUGGUAGAACCAAAUCGUAGCCAUAUUACCUCUUAUUAUUAAACGAUAUCUAAUUUAAGCGCGUCUAUUUUCAGCACUAAUGAUACCUUAAUAGAAAUAUUUAUUUAUUUUUGAACAAUCGUUAUUUAAUAUAAGGC